AUGCGUGAAUGGCUUGUUAGAUCGGUUGUUUCUUCGUUACAAAAUUUGCCUGCUGCAAGUGCCGAAACACGGGGUAGUUCGAGGAACAGUGAAAACAGGAAUGUUAAUACUGCUAACGAAGAACUCUCAGAGAGAUUCCGACUUCCUCGUGGUCAAAACAGAAGUUCAGCAAGACCUUUACCAAGAUCAGGCAAUGGACGUUUUGUGCCGUACACUACAGCAGCGAAAGCCAGUAAAAGUAAAUCUAAGGCAGAUAUUAUUAUUAAAGAUGUCUGUUUGUUGCCAUCGCCACGUUGGCAAGAGCUUCCCAGACGGCAUAUUAAACAAGAUUUGAUAAACAGGAACUUAUUCAUUGACGCAUGGUCAUUAGACAAGUCUUGGUCUGAACAGCAAUUGCGAUCGGAACUCCUCAAUCUUUUUAAAAGCCAUCUAUCUGAAACAACAGACUUUGAAUUUGUUAAAUCUGUGGGAAACAAGAUAACUACUGUUAAACUUGCAGAAGGGCAGGAGGCAAAUGCCAGAAUAAUUAGACACAUUGCUGGCAAUGGCCCAGUCUACAUUCGCCAUUUAUUUGAUAUAGAUGAUGAGGAAGAUAUUGUCAUGACAACAGAGCGAACUAAUGACAUAAGAACAUUUGCUUCAAGUGACGAACCAUCCACCAGCAGUGUAACCAAUCCAUCCACCAGCACAGUGUAA